GAUAGAUAGAACUAUAGAAGAACAUGGUUUUUGUACUCAUUCUCACACUGCAUGUGUAGAUGAUCUUCCUGUGUACGCCGCAGCAAGAUCGGACACGCUGGCGGUCCAAAACAGUUUAACAAGUACAGUUGUCUCUCACCGUACGUCGACGGGAAUUGACAUUCAGUACCACAGACGGUGAUCACCGGCAGUAUAUAAGGAAGCACACACGCACCGAUCCAUCAAACAGCCGCCAGACCUAGUACAGUUCCAAUCUUGACCAGAGAAAUAUGUCACAAGUCCUCCUGCUCCUACUCGUCCUUGCCGCCUCGCUGGCGUGGCCGGCGUCGUGCAAGACUCUUCCGGUGGUUGUUCCGGUCACCAAGGACCCCGCCACCUCCCUGUACACCAUCCCCUUCUACAACGGCGCCAACCUCAUCGUCAACAUCGCCGGCCCGCUCGUCUGGUCAACAUGCCAGCGCGGCCACCUGCCGGCAAAGUUCACGUGUCAGAGUGACACCUGCAAGCUCGCCAAGGCCUACCCCGUCCCGGGUUGCCGAGCAGCCGGCUGCGGCCGCGACCCGCGCAAGGACAGGACGUGCACGACGUACCCGUACAACCCGGUCACCGGCUCGUGCGCCGCCGGGAGCCUUGUCCACACGAGGUUCGUUGCCAACACCACCGACGGCAAGAACCCGAUGAGACAGGUGUCCGUGAGGGCUGUCUCAGCGUGCGGAACGACAAAGAAACUCCUAGCGUCCCUGCCACGGGGAGCCUCGGGCGUGGCCGGGCUCGCGGGCUCCGGCCUGGCGCUGCCGGCGCAGGUGGCGUCGUCGCAGAAGGUCGCAAGGAAGUUCCUCCUCUGCCUCCCCGGCGGUGGCUCCUACGGCGACGGCGUGGCCAUCUUCGGUGGCGGCCCGCUGUACCUCCUCGAGGGGCAGCCGGAGUUGACGCAGUCGCUGGAGUACACGCCACUCUUCAUCAAGAAAGACAGCCCCGCGUACUACAUCACGGUGAAAUACAUCGCGCUGGAUAACUCCCGCGUGCCCCUCCCGCCGCGCGCGCUCGGCACCGGCGGCGUGGCGCUCCGCACGACGGUGCCCUACACCACGCUACGCGGCGACGUGUACCGCCCGUUCGUGGCCGCGUUCGGCAAGGCCAUGGCGGCGCAGUGGCAGUACGCGCGCGCGGUGAAGCCGGUGGCGCCGUUCGGGCUUUGCUACGACGCACGGACGCUGGUCAAUGCGCAUAGCGGGUACAUGGUGCCGAGCGUGACGCUGGCGCUGGAUGGGGGGAAGAAAUGGACGAUGGCCGGCGUGAACUCGAUGGUGGACGUGAAGCUGGGGACGGCGUGCCUGGCGUUCGUGGAGAUGAAGGGGGUCAAGGCCGGGGACGUAAACGCGCCGGCGGUGGUCGUGGGAGGGUUCCAGAUGGAGAACUUCGUUCUCCAGUUCGACCUAGAGAAGAAGCGGCUCGGGUUCCUCAGGCUGCCCUUCUACACGCCGUGCAGCCAAUUUAAUUUCACUCGGAACGCCAAAUAAUAAAUGUACAAUAGUAAUAUUUUCUCUGAUUUAAAAUAAUUACCAAAAAAUAGAUGUUCAUAUUUAUUUUUGGGUAAUUACUUAAAAUCGGAGAGAGUAAAUAAAUUUGUCUAUCUGUGGUGUUCAACAAUCGCACUACUCUUGUAAUUUUUGAAUUUCACUAGGAGCGCUACCUGUAUGUUUAUCGAAAAUAGGAGCUUUCAUUUUGGCCAAGUAAUACUAGUAAGUGAUGAAGUUCAGACUAAAAGUAAUACUAAGUGAUGUUCUGUCUUUGAGAUUCACUAGUGGACAAUUGAUAAUUACUUCAUCCAGUUCAUAUUAUUAUCGUAGAUUCAUAUGUAUUUAUAAAAAAUUGGGCCUAGAAUGUAUCCAUAUCAGGGAUAGCUUUCUUUUAUUUUUUUGGCUGUGUGCAUUCGUACUGCCAUUAGGCUGUUGC